GAGAGAGAGAGAGAGAGAGCAUUGCGCACUUGCGCUUUUAAUUUACAAGUUCCUUCGUCCCACAAAACUUCUAUUCACAUACUCCGUCUCUCUCUCUACAUCUCUUUCUCUCUCUAAUUCAAAAGUUGAAUUUUUGAAUCUCCGGCCUUCCGCCGGAAACUCUAUAUAUACAUUCAUAUAUACACACGCACAUAUAUACACAUAUAUAUCUAUAUAUUUACAUUUUUAUUCAUAUAUUCUAGUAGAUCUCACCAUUCUGUUUCAAAAUCUAGGGUUUACAAUAUCGAUUCCGUGUUUUCAUAUACCUGUCUAUCUCUUCGUUUCUCUAUCUUAUUCGAUCUAAGAUUUUAUUUUUUUGGAUCUACUAUUGUUUCUCUCUGUGUCGUGUUACUGGAGUUGUUGAUUGACCGAAUCAAUGGAGGCGAUCGAAGAAUUGGCACAGCUAUCGGAUUCGAUGCGACAAGCGAAAUCUUUGAUCACCGACGAUGAUAUUGAUGAAAACUCGUCUUCGUCGAAGCUGCCUUCGACCUACCUCAACGUUGUUGCUCUUGGGAAUACUGGUGCGGGUAAAUCAGCUGUGUUGAACAGUCUAAUUGGCCAUCCUGCUUUGCCAACUGGUGAAGGUGGUGCUACUCGUGCUCCCAUAUGCAUCGAUUUAGCAAGGGAUGGCUCUUUGAGCAGCAAAUCAAUUAUGUUGCAGAUUGACAGUAGUAAAUCCUCACAGGUUUCUGCAAGUGCUCUUCGGCAUUCUUUACAGGAUAGGCUAAGCAAAAGUUCUGGCAAGAGUCGGGAUGAAAUAUAUUUGAAGCUUCGUACAAGUACAGCUCCACAACUUAAAUUGAUUGAUUUGCCUGGAGUGGAUAAAGGAAAUCUUGAUGAUCCAUUGAGUCAUUACAUUGAACGCAAUGAUGCCAUAUUACUGGUUAUAAUACCUGCUGCCCAGGCUCCAGAAGUUUCCUCAUCUAAAGCCCUCAGAAUUGCAAAGGAAUAUGAUGGAGAAUAUACCAGAACUAUUGGUGUUAUUAGUAAAAUUGAUCAAGCAGCGACAGAUCCAAAAAUCCUUGCAGCUGUACAGGCUCUACUGUUAAAUCAAGGGCCAAGAAGUACAUCUGAUAUUCCAUGGGUUGCUUUGAUUGGUCAAACUGUUUCUAUAGCCUCUGCACAGGCUGGAAAUGUUGGAUCUGAAAGUUCUUUAGAAACUGCUUGGCGAGCGGAGAGUGAAAGUCUCAAAUCUAUUUUAACUGGGGCCCCUCAAAGCAAGCUUGGUAGAUUAGCUUUGUUGGAAACCAUUGCUCACCAAAUCCGUAACCGUAUGAAAAUCAAGCUGCCAAAUAUUCUAUCAAGUCUUCAGGGCAAGUCUCAAAUUGUGCAGGAUGAAUUGGUAAGGCUUGGUGAACAAAUGGUUAAUAGUGCUGAAGGUACAAGAGCAUUGGCUUUGGAGCUUUGCCGUGAAUUUGAGGACAAAUUUCUCCAACAUAUUAUGACUGGUGAGGGGGGUGGUUGGAAAGUUGUUGCUAGUUUUGAGGGCAACUUCCCUAACAGGAUCAAACAGCUUCCGUUAGACAGACAUUUUGACAUUAACAAUGUCAAAAGGAUUGUUCUAGAAGCAGAUGGUUAUCAACCCUAUCUUAUAUCUCCAGAGAAGGGGCUCCGGUCUUUAAUUAAAGGUGUAUUAGAGCUGGCUAAAGAACCUUCUCGUCUUUGUGUCGAUGAGGUGCACCGCGUACUUGUUGAUAUAGUUUCAGCAGCGGCAAAUGCUACACCUGGCCUUGGUAGAUAUCCUCCCUUUAAAAGAGAGGUUGUGGCAAUUGCAACUGCUGCAUUGGAUGUGUUUAAAAGUGAAGCAAAGAACAUGGUUGUUGCCCUUGUUGAUAUGGAGCGAGCAUUUGUUCCCCCCCAACAUUUCAUCCGUUUGGUGCAGAGACGGAUGGAUAGGCAACGACGUGAAGAAGAAGUAAAAAAUCGAUCUUCUAAAAAGACACUUGAUGCAGAGCAAUCCAUGUUAAAUAGGGCCACUAGUCCUCAAACAGGUGGCCAACAAACUGGGGGCAGCUUAAAAACCAUGAAGGAUAAAUCUGGUCAGCAAGAUAAGGAUGUACAAGAGGGAUCAUCGGCCUUGAAGACUGCAGGGCCCGAUGGGGAGAUAACAGCAGGAUUUUUAUUGAAGAAAAGUGCAAAAACUAACGGGUGGAGUAGGCGAUGGUUUGUUUUAAAUGAGAAAACAGGAAAGCUCGGAUACACCAAAAAACAAGAGGAGCGGCAUUUCCGUGGUGUCAUCACAUUGGAGGAAUGUAAUAUAGAAGAAACAUCUGAUGAAGAAGAGCCCCCAUCAAAAAGUUCAAAAGAUAAAAAAUCAAAUGGACCAGAUGCAGGAAAAACAAGCCUUGUAUUCAAGAUAACAAGCAAGGUUGCAUAUAAAACAGUUCUUAAAGCUCACAGCAGUGUUGUCUUAAAGGCUGAGAGUGUGGCAGAUAAGGUUGAAUGGUUAAAUAAAUUAAGAACAGUUGUCCAAUCUAGAGGAGGCCAAGUGAAGGGUGAACCUAGUGGUUCAAUGCGGCAGAGUCUUUCUGAUGGUUCUCUUGAUACGAUGGCCAGAAGACCUGCAGAUCCAGAGGAAGAACUUCGAUGGAUGGCUCAGGAAGUACGCGGUUAUGUUGAAGCUGUUCUGAACAGCCUUGCUGCUAAUGUCCCAAAAGCAGUUGUUCUUUGCCAAGUCGAGAAAGCCAAGGAAGACAUGCUGAAUAAGUUGUACAGUUCUGUCAGUGCCCAAAGUACAGCAAGGAUUGAAGAGCUGCUCCAGGAGGAUCAGAAUGUAAAGCGGAAGAGGGAUCGUUGUCAGAAACAAUCAGAGAUUCUUUCAAAACUUACUAGGCAACUCAGUAUUCAUGAUAAUCGAGCAGCUGCUGCCUCCAGCAUGUCAAAUGGUGGUGGAGCAGAGAGUAGUCCAAGGACCAAUGGACCCUCAUCGGGUGAAGACUGGAGAUCAGCAUUUGAUUCUGCUGCCAAUGGGCCUAACGAAUAUUACGGUGACUCACUCAGAUCUGGGUCCGGUGGUCACAGCCGACGGUACAGUGACCCUGCCCAAAAUGGUGAUGCAAGCUCGGGAUCCAGUGGCCGACGCACCACCCCGAACCGACUGCCACCAGCACCACCUCCGACUUCGUCUGGUUACAAGUAUUAGAUUAGAUAAUUUUCAGGAUAAAUUGAUUCACGCUUCAUUCUUGGGUGGGCGCUUGCCCGUGCCCGUGCACUCCGGAUAUUUUGAGCUCUUCUCCAGCUCGAAUCAUGUUAUAGAGUAUGUAGAAUUGGCGUACUGUCUUUGUAGAUAAAUAUUUCAGGUAAACGUUGUUUUGCCCCAAUAUUUUUACUAUUGCUGGACUUUGAGAUGGUUCUUGCAAUGUGUUUAUUAAAUUUUUUUCCCCUUCCUAGGGGGUGCUAUCUUUUUCCCAUAUUUUGUUGUAUGCCACAGAUGUAUUUCUAUUAAAUUUUGAGAUUUGUCCUUU